AUGGUCCCAGACCUUCCAGAGUUUGCUCGUCUUAAAGACGACAUACCUACGAUAUGUGCUAGAGCAAUUCAAAUCGCGCGAAAUGAUUGUGAAGCUAAGGACUUUCGUAAAGAAAAGGCUGUUAAGUUGCGAGACGACGAAAACGACGGUGGUGGCAACCCUGAAGUUGAAAGCAAAGCGGUCGCAGACCGUGCUUAUCGUGAAGUCAUGCGUAGGAUGAAAAAGAUGAAUGUCAAUUCUUCGAAAGGAUCCAACUCGAAAGGGAAGAAACCUUCCCAACGUCCCAAGAAGCCCAAGAAAAACAAUGGUUCUUCAGGGAAUGGGCAAAGGACGAAGAAGAAGCACGCCGCAAAGAACGCGGCGAAGAAAUCCUCGAAGCCAAAGAAGGCUGGCAAAGGAAAACCCAAUGGAAACUCAUCUUCAAAGGGCCCAAAGAAGGGAAAGCCCUCCUCGAAGAAGUCGGGAAAGCAACCGCAAAAAUAG